AUGGGGGGUGGCUUCCGCGGAAGAUUCAGCAGUGGUCUUAGGGGCAGGGGCCGUGGUCAAGGCCAUGGCUAUGGUCGAGGCCGCGGGGCUCGUGGAGGUAAAGCUGAAGACAAUGUGUGGAUCCCUGUCACCAAGCCUGGUCGCCUGGUUAAGGACGUGAAGAUCAAGUCUUUGGAGGAGAUCUACCUGUUCUCCCUGCCCAUUAAAGAGUCUGAGAUCAUUGACUUUUUCCUGGGCACAUCCCUAAAGGAUGAGGUUCUGAAAAUAAUGCCAGUGCAGAAGCAGACUCGGGCUGGCCAGAGGACCAGGUUCAAGGCAAUCGUCGCUAUUGGGGACUACAAUGGUCAUGUUGGUCUUGGUGUUAAAUGCUCCAAGGAGGUCACCACUGCCAUCCAAGGGGCCAUCAUCUUGGCCAAGCUCUCCAUCGUCCCUGUGCGGAGAGGCUACUGGGGAAACAAGAUUGGCAAGCCCCACACGGUUCCGUGUAAGGUGACAGGCCGCUGUGGCUCUGUGCUGGUAUGUCUCAUCCCUGCCCCCAGAGGCACUGGCAUUGGCUCUGCUCCUGUGCCCAAGAAGCUCCUGAUGAUGGCAGGUAUAGAUGACUGCUACACGUCAGCCGGGGGCUGCACUGCCACCCUGGGCAACUUUGCCAAGGCCACCUUUGAUGCCAAGACCUACAGCUACCUGACCCCCAACCUCUGGAAAGAGACUGUGUUCACCAAGUCUCCUUAUCAGGAAUCCACUGAUCAUCUUGUGAAAACCCACACCAGAGUCUCUGUUCAGAGGACCCCGGGUCCAGCUGUGGCUACCACAUAG